AUGAGAGUUAUAGAUUUUGUUUACCUCGCUCUCUUCUCUAUUGGUACCAAUGCCCGAGAUCUUCUCACCGUCCCUACCUGGGCUCCAGUAACUACCGACUCACCUCCUCUAAAUGGUGCAGGAUAUCGUGUCGAGACUUUCGGUGGCGGCGCCUACAUGGUGACAGAUAACCAGUAUAACUGCGUCUUCUUUGUCUCCUCCGAGGGGGUCAUCCUUGUUGACGCGCCCGCAUCCAUUGGGCAAAAUAUCGCAUAUGCAAUCAGUAACACCACUGACAAGCGCGUAACGCAUGUCAUAUACAGCCAUGCUCACGCAGAUCAUAUCGGCAGCGCGUAUCUUUUCAAGAAUGCGACCCACAUAGCGCAUAGUAUUACCAAAGACCUUCUUGCUGCAACACCAAGUUCUGAUGAUCCUCUCCCUGAUGUCAUUUUUGAAGACGACUAUUCACUCCUUAAUGGCAACCAAACCAUUCAGCUUUCAUAUAAAGGUACAAACCAUCAGCCCGGAAACAUCUUCAUCUACGCACCAAGCCAAAAGGUGCUGAUGCUUGUUGAUGUCGUAUUCCCCGGAUGGGCACCAUUUGCAUAUCUCGGCGAGGCGGAAGACGUCCCUGGGUUCAUCCAAGCGCACGACCAGAUCCUCGAGUACGAUUUUGACCACUUUGUGGGUGGGCAUCUUACACGAUCUGGCGUUCGCGCUGAUGUGGAGGCGCAGCGCGAGUAUAUUCACGACCUCAAAAACAACUGUAAUAAUGCCCUCGCUCUCAGCAAGCAACCAGCCAAUGCAACAAAUCCGAUAUCUCAGCAACAUUUGGUAAAUGCGGCACUCCAAGCGAACCCUGGGAAUCCGUGGGCUGGCUUCAAACUGUACCUUGACAGCGUGGCGAGCUAUUGUAACAACGCCACAAACGAGAAGUGGCUGGGACGGCUCUCAGCUGUGGAUGUUUAUGGGAUGGAGAACUCAUACGCAAUGGUCGCGGCGUUGAGCGAGACCAAUCUUGGCCUCUCUGGAUAA